CUUGGUUGACCGCAUGUCAUCGGGGUCUGCCCAACUUGUACCAAACAUCAACAUCUUCUAACCUAAGACACCAGUCAACCAUAUCUCGACUGACUGCAGUAGGGACAAGGGGAAACACAAGACAAGAUGCAGUCUGGAAUUUCCGCCUCCAAGGAGCUGGUCUCCCAAUUCAAUGACCUCCUCGGCUCCCCAUCGACCUUUGGCCUCCUCAUCAACAUCGCCAACGAACAGCUCCAGCCCAUCCAGACCCUCACCUCCUCCCCGGGCUCCUCCUUCGCCUCCAACGUCGACACCCUCCUGACGCCCCACAUCAAAGAAAAAGAAGCUCUCUACAUCAUCCUGCGCCGCUAUGACUCGUCGCCCGCGCUGGUGGCCGUCACCUACGUGCCCGACACGGCUCCCGUGCGGCAAAAGAUGCUGUUCGCCUCGACGCGGCUGACGCUCGUGCGCGAGCUCGGGUCGGAACACUUCCGCGAGACCAUUUUCGCGACCAACGCCAAGGAGUUGACGAGCCAGGGCUUUGAGAAGCACGAUGCGCACACGGCGCUGGACGCGCCGCUGACGGAGGAGGAGAAGAGUCUGGGGGAGGUGAAGCGGGCGGAGCAGGAGGCGGGCGCGGGGACGAGUAAGCGGGAGAUUCACCUGGGGACGCACAUGGCGAUGCCGAUGGGGGAGGAUGCGUUGGCUGCUCUCAAGGGACUAGCUGAAGAGGGUGGUGGUGAGGGGUUGGUGAUGCUUAAAGUCAACCCCACAACCGAAACCAUCGAGCUCGUCCCUUCUUCUUCCUCUUCCAACCCAUCGUCCAUCGCCGACCUCGUCCAAGCCAUCUCCCCCUCCGAGCCGCGCUUUACGUUCUUCCGGUACACGCACACGCACAACGGCUCCGAGGAGUCGCCCAUCCUCUUCUUCUACACCAACCCUAGCUCUAACGGCGGGCGCGUGGCUAUCAAGCAGCGCAUGCUGUACCCGCUGAUGAAGCGGGCCGUGCUCGAGGUGGCGAGCAAGGAAGGAUUGAAUGUCGAUAAGAAGUUUGAGGUGGAGGAGCCGAGCGAGAUCACGGAAGACGGGGUGUUGGGGGAGUUGCAUCCCAAGGCGGUGCAGAGUAGGGGGUUCGCUAGGCCGAAGAGGCCUGGUGGUAGGUAAAUGCGGGGAGUUUGGGCGUGUGAAUAGCGAGUUUUGGGACAUCUCUCUCCCUUCUGGUCAAGGUGUUGAUGGGAGGAAGUACGUAUGGUAAUUCAGUUACAAACUUGACUGGAAUGUCUGUCUUGAUCUCCCUCGCAUGUGAAAUGGUUGCUGAUGAUGGGGUGA